AUGAGCGAGUUGACUCAGGGAAGCGAGAUGCACUCGCCGGUAACUCAUCAACCAUGGGGAGCACUGUUAAAUUUGUUGGGUUUUUUCUAUCAGUUUUUUUCUCAGAUUAUUGGAUCCCUCGCGCAUUUUCCUUUACUCUCUUUCUCUUUGCAUAAAUCAUUCAAAUCUCUACCCAAUAUUGAUCAUGAUUACGAUCUUCAAGUCACCUCCGACGCCGGUCAUCGCCCUCUCCGAAAGCUCACGGUAGUGCUUGACUUGGAUGAAACUCUAAUAUGUUCAUAUGAGACAUCAAGGUUGCCAGAUACACUAAAAACUAAAGCAACGCAAGCUGGUUUAAAUUGGUUUGAACUCGAAUGUGUAUGCGCUAACGAGGAAGUUGAUGGAAAACCAAAAAUCAAUUAUGUCACCGUCUUUGAACGCCCCGGGUUGAAAGAAUUCCUAAGGCAACUAAGCGAAUUUGCUGAACUGGUUCUGUUUACUGCUGGUCUUGAAGGUUAUGCUAAACCACUUGUUGACAUAAUAGACACAGAAAAUCUAUUUAGCCUACGACUUUAUCGACCCUCAACGGUCAACACCAAAAAUCGCGAACAUGUAAAAGAUCUUACGUGCAUAUCAAAGGAUCUAAGUCACAUUGUUAUUGUAGACAACAAUCCUUUCAGUUUUUUAUUGCAGCCGAAUAAUGGAAUUCCAUGCGUACCAUUUUCUGCAGGGCAACCAGAUGAUACACAGCUUAUAGAUGUGAUUCUUCCACUUCUCAAACACCUCUCUGACCAAAAAGAUGUUAGAGAUGUGCUCCAUGAUGCGUUCGGUAUGCCUGAAUGGUUCCAACAACAUGGGUUUCCAGUUCCAAGUUAA